GGCAUCAUUUUUGUAUGGUUUGCUUUCAUUUUCAAAUAUGAACUGUGGUAUCUCCCUCAGUUUUCUUCUAUAAAUAGUCAAUGGAGGGAUAUAGUAAAAUAAAUUAGAGUUGAGUUGAGUUGAGUUGAGAGAGAGAUAAAGAAAAUGAGAAGAGAAUGCCAUCCUCUGCUGAGGGGUGGGAGAAGAGAGGGCAAAUAUACUCAUGGGUUUUCUUCAGCUGAGAUGCAAUCUCUGGCUAGCAUCUGUGAGGUUCUCUUACCUCCUUUACCAUUGAAUUCCAUAGAGGGCCAACCAAGCAAGGCUGUCCAAUCCUUCUAUCAAGCUUCUGGGUCUCAGCAUCCAAUACCUGAUGAGGGUGCAGAGCUUUUUGUGAAGAGGGCCUUAAUAGAAGCUGUGAUCCUGGUGAGAGUAGUUUUAAUAAUUCUCUCCACCAGAUUGGGGACAUUGUUGCUUUGUGGAUCUCUUUCUUUCUCUGACAAGUGGCCCUUCAUUAACAACUUCUCAAGUAUCUCCUUGGAGAAGAGAGAGAAGAUCCUCCAGAGAUGGUUCAGACAUCGGCUGCUAACACCCAUCAGACUUGCAUUCGUUUAUAUCAAAUUCUUGUGCUUAUACGUUUUCUUCACUCUGGCUGAUGAAAAUUCAGAAAAUGCAGCAUGGGAAGCCAUUGGAUAUCAUACUGACACUGAUGGGAACCGGUCAAAAGUCCCAAAAGAGAGGCCGCUUCAGAAGGGAAUGGUAGAAACCAUGCAAGAAACUGAAUCAACCCUUGUUCAGUCCCUUAAUCAGAAAGGUCUGAAAGUAGUGGAAGACCCUGAACAGAAACUCUACAAAAUCAAAUGUGAUGUGGUGGUUGUUGGGUCAGGUUGUGGUGGAGGUGUUGCAGCUGCUGUCCUGGCGAGUUCUGGUCACAAGGUUGUUGUGCUUGAGAAAGGGAACUACUUUACUGCUACUGAUUAUUCUUCUUUGGAAGGUCCCUCCAUGAAUCAACUAUUUGAAUCAGGAGGAAUCCUUCCAACUGUCGAUGGGAAGAUGAUGAUCCUGGCAGGUUCAACAGUGGGAGGUGGCUCUGCUAUUAACUGGUCGGCAUCCAUCAAAACACCCAAGUCUGUUCUCCAGGAAUGGGCUGAAGACCACAAGCUUCCACUGUUUGGGAGUUCUCAGUAUUUUUCUGCCAUGGAUGCUGUGUGUGAGAGGAUUGGGGUUACAGAGACCUGUGCUGAGGAGGGAUUCCAAAAUCAAGUCCUCCGGAAAGGGUGUGAAAACCUUGGUCUUAAAGUCGAUCUGGUGCCACGAAACUCCUCCGAAAAGCAUUACUGUGGUUCUUGCGGUUAUGGUUGCAGGUCAGGAGAUAAAAAAGGGACUGAUUCUACCUGGCUGGUUGAUGCUGUGGCUUGCGGUGCCGUGAUCAUAACAGGAUGCAAGGCUGAGAGAUUCAUAUUGGAGACGAACAAGUAUGGAAGGGUGAAAAGAAAGAAAUGCCGGGGAGUGAUUGCAAAAACACUAAAUAACAACAUAAAAAACAGGAUUCAAAUCGAGGCUAAAGUAACAAUCUCAGCAUGUGGGUCUCUCUUGACACCCCCACUAAUGAUCUCUAGUGGGUUAAAAAACCAGCACAUUGGCCAAAACCUUCAUCUCCAUCCUGUUGCAAUGGUUUGGGGAUACUUCCCAGAUUCCAAUUCAGAGUUCGAGGGAAAAGCCUAUGAGGGUGGGAUAAUCACGUCCAUGCAUAAGGUGGUAUCCGAGGACUGCCAAGUAAGAGCCAUCAUUGAGACUCCUGCUUUGGGGCCGGGAUCAUUUGCUGCACUUUGUCCUUGGGAGUCAGGUCUCGACAUGAAGAAAAGGAUGGUGAGGUACGGGAGGACUGUUCACUUGUUUGCUAUGGUCAGGGAUGAGGGGACUGGAAAAGUCAAGGUCGAAGGAAGAAUAAGCUAUAACCUAAGUGCAAUAGACAAAGAAAACCUGAGGGCAGGAGUGCGGCAGGGGCUCAGAAUUUUGAUAGCAGCAGGAGCCGUUGAGGUGGGUACCUAUCGAAGCGAUGGCCAGAGACUUAAAAGUAAAGGGAUCAAUGAAAAGGAAUUGGAGGAGUUUUUGGAUUCAGUUUCUGCAGCAGAAGGGCCACAAUCAUUUGUAGAUAAGUGGACAAUAACUGGUACUGCCCACCAGAUGGGGAGUUGUAGAAUGGGAAAGAGUGAGAAAGAAGGUGCGGUUGAUGAGAAUGGGGAGAGUUGGGAAGCAGCAGGACUCUUUGUUUGUGAUGGUAGCGUUCUGCCAACUGCUGUAGGUGUCAAUCCCAUGAUCACUAUCCAGUCAACGGCUUAUUGUCUCUCCAAGAAGAUAGCAGACUCUUUGAACAGAUCAGUAAAGGCAAUCGAUUCCAGUAAUUCUGAGUUAUCAGCUGUUCUUUUAAUUGAAAAAAAAGAAAAUUAGUGUUUUAUUUUCAUAUCUAGAAGGAAGUUUAGUUCUAAAAUGUCAUUAUGUUUUCGAUUUUUAGAAGGGUUUUUAUGGUUUUAAGGAUUCCAUAGAAUCAAUAGAUUGUACUUAUAACAGAAAAAUAAAAUGAGAAAGCCUCUCUCUCGUCCUCUCCUUCC